CGUACCUCAAUGGGAAAGGGAAACCAAACUUCUGUAACGGAAUUCGUCUUGCUGGGGCUUUCACAGGAUCCAAAGGUCCAGAUCUUCUUGUUCUUUGUUUUCCUGAUUAUUUACCUUCUCUCCGUGUUUGGGAACCUGCUUAUAAUUAUCCUUAUUCAAACGGACUCUCGACUUCACACACCUAUGUACUUUUUCCUCAAAAACUUGUCUUUUGCUGACUUCUGUUUCUCUACAAGUAUCGUUCCUCAGAUGCUUGUCCAUUUCCUUGUCACCAAGAAAGCUAUUUCCUUUGCUGGAUGCUCCCUCCAGAUCGUUGUCUUCCUACUGGCAGGGUGCACAGAGUGCUCACUGCUGGCUGUGAUGUCCUAUGACCGCUAUGUAGCCGUCUGUAGGCCCCUACACUACUCCACCAUCAUGACUCAGAAGGCUUGUGUCCAGCUGGCCAUAGUGUCCUGGGUCAGUGGAGCAUUUGUGUCUUCAGUGGACAGUGCAUUUACACUGUGCCUCCCCUACCGGGGACCAAAUGUCCUUAAUCAUUAUUUUUGUGAACCUCCUGCACUCCUGAAGCUGGCCUCAGCAGACACUUAUCAGGCUGAAAUGGCCCUCUUUUCUAUGGGUGUGGUGAUCCUCCUCGCUCCUGUCUUCCUCAUUCUAAUCUCCUACUGGCACAUUCUCUCCACUGUGGUGCGGAUGAAGUCAGGAGAAGGGAGGCUCAAGGUCUUCUCCACCUGUGGUUCCCAUCUUACUGUGGUGGUUCUCUACUAUGGCUCUGGAAUAUUUGCCUACAUGCGACCCAAUUCCAAAGUAAUGAGUGAAAAGGAUAAGGUCAUCUCUGUGUUCUAUUCCGUUAUGACUUCCAUGUUGAAUCCCAUCAUCUACAGUCUGAGGAACAAGGAUGUUAAAGGGGCUUUCAAGAAGUUGGCUGGGAGAUAG